AUCGUGUUGGUUCCUGUCCAAGUUGUUGAUCGUAUGCAAGACGCCGCAGGACCCCGCGCCCGCUUGUCGCCACUGCGCUUGAGGCAGCCGGAGAUACUCUGAGUCCCCUGGAGCCCGACGCCUGAGGGUGAGAUGAACGCGCUGGCCUUCCUAAUCGUCAGGACCUGUGAUCGCUUCUGGCAGACCGAGCCGGCGCUCCUGCCCCCGGGGUGACGCGCAGCACCCCACCGGUGAGUAAGGGGUCGGAACGCCUGGGUCCCCACGGGGCUGGAGACCUGGAUUUAGGAAGAAGAGAUUGGGACCCUGGAGUCCGGAGCCUGAGGGAGGAGGGAUCUGGAAGCCAGAUUCUUGGGUCCCCGUGAAGGAAUCAUCUAGCAAGUGGGGGGUCGGGUCAGAAUGUUUGAGUCUGCAAGGGAGGAGGCUGUGAGGGUUUGAUCUUCAGCAGGAUGAGAGAGCUAGGGAGGGACUAUGACUUUGUCGCCAAGGGAAGCAAGCAAAAGACUUUUGUUCUUGGUUCUUGGGACUGGGACUUUUGCGUCUGAAGAAAGGGGGCUGGGGGCUUGGACCCUUGGAUCUAAGGAAGAACUAGGGGCUCAGACUCCUGGCUAUUGAGAGAUGAGAGCGAACAGAGCCAAGCGACAGAGAUGGGCGUGGCUGAGAUCAGAAAGGAGUCUGGGACUCUUGCGUUGCUAUUGACAAUAGUUGUGUUACUAUUUCUGUUGCUAUGACUCAUAGUCAUGCCCGGAUGCCAUCCCCUAAAUGGCCCCUAAACUUUAUUUUUUUCCUCCCCCUUUUCCAGCCCAGACACAUGGCCCCAGGCCAAGCACCCCAUCAGGCUACCCCAUGGAGGGAUGCCCACCCUUUCUUCCUCCUGUCCCCAGUGAUGGGCCUCCUCAGCCGGGCCUGGAGCCGCCUGAGGGGCCUGGGACCUCCAGAGCCCUGGCUGGUGGAGGCAGUAAAAGGAGUAGCUCUGGUAGAAGUUGGCCUGGAGGGAGAAGCCAGGACUCCUCUGGCAACCCCCCAUACCCCUUGGGGCAGACACCCUGAUGAGGAGGCUGAAGACCGUGCAGGCCCUGGAGAGAACAGAGAAACACUGGGCCUGAAAACCAGCAGUUCCCUUCCUGAAGCCUGGGGACUUUUGGAUGAUUAUGAUGACAUAUAUAGUGAGCAAGAAGCAACCAGCAUCCCUAGAGGGCAGGGAAGUCAAUUUGCAGAUGGCCAGCCUGCUCCCCUGACUCCCAGCCUUCUGAUAAGGACGCUGCAAGGUUCUGAUAAGAACCCAGGGGAGGAGAAAGCUGAGGAAGAGGGAGGUGCUGGAGAGGAGGGAGUUAACAAGUUCUCUUAUCCUGUGUCACACCGGGGGUGUUGUCCAGCAGUGGAGGGAGAGGUCAAUGAAGAAGCUGUAAAGAAAGAAACUUGCAGAACCUCCACUUCUGCCGUGUCUCCAGGAUCCAAGCCCAGCACUUGGGUGUCUUGCCCAGGAGAGGAAGAGAAUCAAGCCACGGAGGACGAAAGAAGAAUAGAAAAAAGUAAAGGAGCCAGGAAGACCUCCGUGUCCCCCCCAUCUUCAGGCUCCAACCCCAGGGCCUGGGAGUAUCGUUCAGGAGAGGCGUCCGAGGAGAAGGAAGAAAAGGCACACGAAGAAGCUGGGAAAGGAGAAGCUGCCCCAGGGCCACACUCCUCAGCCCCAGCCCAAAGGCCCCAGCUCAAGUCCUGGUGGUGCCAACUCAGUGAUGAAGAGGAGGGUGAGGUCAAGAUUUUGGGGGCAGCUGAGAAGGAUGGAGAAGCUGAGUGUCCUCCCUGCAUCCCCCCCUCAAGUGCCUUCCUGAAGGCCUGGGUGUAUUGGCCUGGAGAGGACACGGAGGAAGAGGAAGAUGAGGACAGUGACUCUGGAUCAGAUGAGGAAGAGGGAGAAGCUGAGGCUUCCUCUUCCACUCCUGCUACAGGUGUCUUCUUGAAGUCCUGGGUGUAUCGACCAGGAGAGGACACAGAGGAGGAGGAAGAUGAGGACAGUGAUACAGGAUCAGCUGAGGAUGAAAGAGAAGCUGAGAUUUCCACUUCCACACCCCCUGCAAGUGCUUUCUUGAAGGUCUGGGUGUAUCGGCCAGGAGAGGACACGGAGGAGGAGGAAGAUGAGGACAGUGAUACAGGAUCAGCUGAGGAUGAAAGAGAAGCUGAAAUUUCCACUUCCACACCCCCUGCAAGUGCUUUCUUGAAGUCCUGGGUGUAUCGGCCAGGAGAGGACACGGAGGAGGAGGAAGAUGAGGAUGCGGAUAGUGAGGGUAAGGAAGAUGAUUCAGAAGCAGCCAUGGGAGAAGCUGAGUCAGACCCACAUCCCUCCCCCCCGGCCCAGAGUGCCCACUUCAGGGGCUGGGUAUACCGACCUGGAAAGGAGACAGAGGAAGAGGAAGCUGCUGAGGACUGGGGAGAAGCUGAACCCUGCCCCUUCCGAGUGGCCAUCUAUGUACCUGGAAAGAAGCCACCACCUCCCUGGGCUCCUCCUAGACUGCCCCUCCGACUGCAGAGGCGGCUCAAGCGCCCAGAAACCCCUACCCGUGAUCUGGACCCCGAGAUUCCCCUAAAGGCCAGAAAGGUGGGUGCUGAGAGCCCAGAUUCUUUUUUUUUUUUUUUUUAAAUUGAGUCUUGCACUGUCACCUAGGCUGGAGUGCAGUGGCGCGAUCUUGGCUCACUGCCAACCUCUGCAGCCCGAAUUCAAGCUAUUCUCGUGCCUCAGCCUCUGGAGUAUCUGGGAUAAUAGGCACACGACACCACACCCAGCUAAUUUUUUUGUAUUUUUAGUAGAGAUGGGGGUUUCACCAUGUUGGCCAGGCUGGUCUUGAACUCCUGACCUCACGUGAUGUGUCCAUCUCAGCCUCCCCAAGUGCUGGGAUUACAGGCAUGAGCUACCUACCAUGUCUGGCCGAGAGCCCAGAUUCUUGAGUCUUGGAGAGGAAGGGGCUGGAGGCUGAGACUCCUGGGUUCCUGUAUGUUGCAGAGGAUUGCGUGUCAUUUCUAUGGGGAGGGCUGUGUACACUGUCACGCAAUCUCUUGUAAGAGGCCAGGCCCCUGGGGGAGGAGGGAGCAGCUGUGGCUCACAGCAACCCCAGGAAACCAUCUCUGCCUUCAGUGAGUCAGAUGGAGAAUCCCAUGACAGUGACAGGCAAGUGACUAGCCAGAUAGAAAGCAUUUUUGUGUAAUAACUAAUUUUUGUUUUCUUCUCUCUCUCUCUUCCCCAUCCGGAUUCCCGUGGCUGUGUCCCUCCCCUGCCUGUGUCCCUGUGUCUGCCCCCAGGUGCACUUCUCCGAGAAGGUCACUGUCCAUUUUCUGGCUGUCUGGGCAGGGCCGGCCCAGGCCGCCCGCCAGGGCCCCUGGGAGCAGCUUGCUCGGGAUCGGAGCCGCUUCGCACGCCGUAUCGCCCGGGCCCAGGAGGAGCUGAGCCCCUGCCUCACCCCUGCUGCCCGGGCCAGAGCCUGGGCACGCCUCAGGAACCCACCUUUAGCCCCCAUCCCUGCCCUCACCCAGACCUUGCCUUCCUCCUCUGUCCCUUUGUCCCCAGUCCAGGCCACGCCCUUGAGCCAAGCUGUUGCCACACCCUCCCCCUCCUCUCCUGGUGCAGCAGCGGCUCCCCUGGACCUCUUUGGGAGGCGUGGCUAAGACCAACUGGUUUGCCUAUAAUUUAUUAACUAUUUUUUCUAAGUGUGGGUUUGUAUAAGGAAUAAAGCCUUUUGAUUUGUAGC